UUUUUAAAAUAAGUGGUGGAUAUGGAAAUGGUGAUUGCUGUGGCUCCAAAUUAACCACGAAGAAACCAUACAAGAAUAAUCUCAAUGAUUAUGUGCAUAGCAAAGUAGUAGAUGCUGUUGCUGUGAAUUAACAAGAAGGAAGGAUCGAUCUUGCUUACUAACUACAAAACUGUGCAUAGCAAACAUUAAUCUUAUGGAAAUCAGUAGAGCUACAGCUCUCACUUGGUCUCACACCGUCUCUCCUUCUCUUCACCUACCUCAGCCCCUCCUCUUUACCAGAGAGACUAGGAAGUUCAGAGUUUGGUGUGGCACUGAUCAAAGCUCCAAGGGAGAUCAAAUGAUCAUAUCUGUAACUGGAGCAACAGGUUUUAUAGGUAAAAGAUUGGUGCAAAAGUUGCAAGCAGAAAAUCACAGAGUUCAUGUCCUGACACGCUCUAAAUCUAAAGCAGAACUAAUUUUUCCGGUGAAAGACUUUCCAGGAGUCAAGAUUGCAGGGGAACCAGAAUGGAAAGAUUGUAUUCAGGGUUCAACAGGAGUUGUGAAUUUGGCCGGAUUGCCGAUAAGUACCAGAUGGUCUUCUGAGAUAAAGAAAGAAAUCAAGCAGAGCAGGGUUAGAGUGACCUCAAAAGUUGUAGAUUUGAUAAAAAGGGCACCAGAUGAAACUCGACCCCAAGUUUUGGUUAGUGCAACAGCUGUUGGUUAUUAUGGCACCAGUGAGACACAAGUUUUUGAUGAACAAAGUCCAUCAGGAAAGGAUUAUCUGGCUGAGGUUUGCAGAGAAUGGGAAUCAACGGCGCUAAAGGCUAAUGGAGAUGUUAGAGUGGCUCUAAUUCGCAUUGGUGUUGUUCUUGGUAAAGAUGGUGGAGCAUUAGCUAAAAUGAUACCUCUCUUCAUGAUGUUUGCCGGUGGACCUCUAGGCUCUGGAAAUCAAUGGUUCUCCUGGAUUCAUCUGGAUGACAUUGUCAAUUUAAUCUAUGAAGCACUAUCAAAUCCAUCCUACAAAGGAGUUAUCAAUGGAACUGCACCAAAUCCUGUGCGAUUGUCCGAAUUGUGUGAACAGCUGGGAAAUGUUUUGGGUCGUCCCUCAUGGCUGCCGGUGCCUGACUUUGCACUCAAGGCUGUUCUUGGAGAAGGUGCUACUGUGGUUUUAGAAGGACAAAAAGUGGUUCCUACUCAAGCCAAGAAGUUGGGUUUCUCAUUCAAAUAUUCAUAUGUGAAGGAUGCCCUUAAAGCAAUUAUUUCUUGAAGCUGUCUUAGCACAGCAACUGUCAUAUUCUUUAUUCUUUGGAAUUGGAUCCUUGCAUCAACCCUUCCAACAUGUCUGUGGCAUUCAUCAACGGCUUUAAUAGAUAAUAUCGUUAACUUCAAAGUCUUUCUUCAAAUUGACAAUAGGAAAAAUACUAUCAAUCAAUGAAAAUGAAGACAUUUGUUUUCUUCUGCGCUCUCUAUAUUCUUCUGCCAUUGAGUUUGGCCACUUUUGUCCACCUCUGUCAUUCUUGUGCCGAGUUUUUAUAUUGGUAUUGCAUCAUGAACUAAAGUUUUGUAUAUCUUCACUAGAGAUAUAAAAUUAGUGCAUAUGAAUUAUAUA